CUGAUUUUAUUUGUUUUGUUAUCAAAAUGUCAAAUUUGUUGAUCAAACAAAUCAACAGAAUGGAUGUUUCAAAUCUGAAUUAUAUAUCCUUUAAUAAAAGCGUAUGUGUCUAUUCUGAGCUUUGAUGAUUCAGUUAAGGUUUAUAUGAGAAGCCAGAGAUACAAUAUGAUUAAAACAAUCCAUCAAGAUUUCACUGAAACAAUCAGAAUUUUGAGAAAGGAUCGCUUUUCUAAAGAUGGGGCGAUUAUUUUAUUCAUAAUACUAGCAACUUCUUCCUUGGUAUUGAGUUACUCACUGACAUGUUUUCUCUUGAGUGCUUAUGUGAUAGGUUUGGUAAUAUGCUAUGCAUUCAUUAAAUUACAAGGAUUUGCAUCAUCAAGUUUACUUCGCCUGGUAUAUUUUUAUAAAGGCCAUAUUUCAGCAUCCAAGAAAAAUGGAAGAUCUUGUACAGUAUGUCAUAAUCCUUCUUGUGAUAGGCAUCGCCAAGAUUUCCUUGUAGCGCCAUGGAAUGAUUUGUUAAUUGAUGAUCAGCUUAAUAAAGCGAUUGAGAAGUUUUAUUCAAAACUCUUGGACAUGUUUGUAUCGUCAUGGUAUGGCCAUUUAACCAAAGAUGAAAGUUUUAUACAUGAGUUACGAUACGCUCUAAAAUAUUCAACUGCUAUUGUAAUCAGAAGAAUAAUAGAGAUUGAUUUGGCAACAUUAAUGUCUAGAAAAAUUUUACCUUGCAUUGUAAAGCAUGUAGAUGACGUCAUAUAUAUAGAAGAUAUAGCAAAACUAAAGAAAAGGAACAUAAAUGAUGUGGCAAUUGAAUAUUGGGGAAAUAAAUUGCAUGGAGCAGUUACAAAUAGGAGUAACGAACUUGUAUACCUUCGAGAACUUGCUGCCUCUCUCUUGCCAAUUAUUUUGCCUCCGAAAUAUUUCCAGUGCAGGAAUUCAUCUACUCUUUUUCAAGAGCUCAUUGCAGGCUGGGUUCUGCUUCCAGUGAUGGAUACUGCUUUUAAUCCAAAUAUUAUCAAUUCCAUGAUUGUGAUGGGUGCAAAUUACAAACCAAAGCAUUCAAAACUUAAAGAAUACACCACCCAAGUAUAUUACCUACAAAAUUUCGAAUGUCCUGUAGAUCAGAAAAAAUCACUUUUCUACAGGGAUUUGAAUGAGGUGAAAGAAAAUACUGAAUUGCUCUAUACUUUCAUACAAUUUCUGAAGGAUGAGGAUCAAGUUCAUUUGCUGAAGUUCUGCUUGGAUGUUGAUCAAUUCAGCAACAUCUUAAUGACGCCCGAUCACAGCAAAAAAACUUUGGAUGAACUUUAUGGAAGCGCCCUUGCCAUUUACAAUGAAUACUUUUGCUUAGAAAGUUCAAAUUUCAUAAAAUGCAACAAUAGUAUUUCCCAAGAGAUGAAGGAUCUCCUCAAAGAUGGCAUACAUAGCAUUGCCAAAUUGAAAAUUUCAGCACCAUUAAUGGAAGCAUAUAAGGUAGUCUUCAAUAAUUUGGAGGAGAAUUGGCUGCCUUUAUUUUAUAAAAGUAAUGAGUUUUAUAAAUAUCUGUGCGGAAUGAAAUCAUCCUCGCAAUUCAAUAGGGCUCAAUAUAAUGAAAACAAUAAGCAGGGAACUGCACCCCUAACACCUCGAUUAGGCGGUCUCAGAAAGUUGAAAUCAGCUUUCAUGAAUUCAUCUCCUGUAGAAGGAUCAAGAGUACUACCUGAAAAACAAAGUUUUGAUAGUGUUGGAGAGAUUAUUUCUCCUAUCUGCUAUAAUAUAUUCAGAGAUAUAAGUACUUGGACAAUUUCAAUCUCUUCGUAUGUAUCUCUGAAUAAGGUAAUCUACUUCCAUGUGAAUGUGAAAAGGCCCUCUUCAGCUAAUAAUGAAGCAGAAACAUCUAGAGUGGUUCUCAGAAAAGAUCAGGACUUUUUUACUCUGAAAGCAAAAUUGGUUGAAUUUCAUGGUGAGAAUGAAAUAACAGAUUCUCCACUACCUGCAAGAAAAGCUGGUUCAGAUAUUGGCACAAGGAUGGCUGGUUAUGAGAAGUUUCUUCAGAAAAUUCUACAAAAUAACACACUAAGGGGAAGCGAUUUAUUAUAUACAUUCCUCACAACUGAAGAUGAUUUUUCUCUGUACUUAUCAACAUGUGGAGCACCUGUACAAGAUCUGAGUAAUAUUUAUCAGUCAGUUACUCAGAAACUUCGUAAAGAAAAGGGGCAGCAUUUGGAUAAUUUCAUGAAUGUAUUCAUGUCAUCUACAGGAAAUGAGAAAUCAGGAAAGUUCUCAACUCUAGAGGUUGGUGAUGAGGUAGAUCCUUUAAAUGCAAUGUCUCAAGAUAUUCCUUCAAAAACAUUCCAUAACUCUGUUUUCAAUGAUAAUUUCAAAAUACUGUUCAAUAAAUCCAGGAGGAACACAACUAGUAGUGUUAAUCCACUCAACAUUUUGGAAUGUCUUUUUUAUAUAGCUAAACACAUUUUGAAUGUUCCAUUAAUAGUUUUAAGAUUUUAUGUUGCAACGUGUAACAUGGUUGGUGACACGUUAGAGUAUAUUUGGUGCAUCUUUAUUCAGAAGAAGCUGGCUUGGUUUUGUCAGCAGCACUUGGAAUAUCUAGUAACAUGUUUACAAGAAGUGAUUUUUGAAGAUCUGGAAUCCCCAGCAACAUUGAUAGAAUCGGAAAAACAUAAAGAGGAAGCCUUGAAGGUUAUGACGCGUAUUUUUAACGAAUUUCCUUACAAUUUACUGGGUAAAAACUUUUCAAAUGGAGUAGUUAGCUUUUGGGAAGUGAUACAAAAUCCGUUAUUCAACAAACAAUUAGCUUAUCAGCUUCUGGAUAUUCUACUUUUGGAAAUGUAUCCAAAUAUUUUACUCACUAAAAAAUAGAUCUUCAA